AUGAAAAAAAAACACUCUCCUGCUUUAACAACAGCUCAUAAAGAUUUACGAUUAAGUUGGGCUAAAGACCAUAUGACCUGGAACAAUGAAUGGCACAAAGUUGUUUGGUCUGAUGAAAAAAAAUUUAAUUUGGAUGGUCCUGAUGGUUUUUCUUACUACUGGCAUGAUCUCCGUAAAGAGGAAGAGAUUUUUUCAACUCGUCCUCAAGGUGGUGGUAGCGUUAUGAUUUGGGCGUCGUUUGGUUGGGGUGGUAAAAGUUCAAUAUGUUUUGUGGACGGUCGAAUGAACGCAAAAGGAUAUCGAGAGGUGUUGAAAAAGCAUCUCAUUGAUAUCGGUAGCUGUAUGGGUGGGUCUGAUUGGAUCUUUCAGCAGGAUAAUGCACCAAUUCAUCGAGCAAAAGUCAAUCUCACUUGGUUUAAAUCGCAAAAAAUCAAUGUUUUACCUUGGCCAUCGUUAUCGCCUGAUUUAAAUCCAAUUGAAAAUCUUUGGGGAAUACUAGCAAGGAAGGUCUAUGUGGGUGGUAAACAAUUUAGAUCAAAAGAACAGUUAAAAACUGCCAUUCUGAAAUCUUGGGAAGAAAUCAGCAUCGAACAACUCCGGGCUCUAGUCGAAUCGAUGCCUGAAAGAAUAUUUGAAGUUAUUAAGCUAAAUGGAGCCAAGACAAAAUAUUGA